CUUGCACAGCGUAGCAUAGGCAAAUCAAAAUGCCAAAAUAUCUAAAAAUCCUCCGAGAACUCUGAAUUUUCUGUCGUAAGAUGUGUUAGUAAAUUCCAGCGAUUGUUUCAUGUUUUGUGUAAGAGUUUACGUUACUUGAAGUGUCCGGUUGAAGACCAUUCACACGACGUGACCUGCGAGUCGGUUUCCUAAGAUGAAUCUACGAUUGAAACUUCAUUUCUUUUGAACAAAAUAAUAAGGUAACUCUCUCAACCUCCAGCCGUCCUUUUUGAUACACAAAGUAUGGAUCAUUCUUGAUCACGAAGAACAUCUCCGAAGCCUCUAUACGAAACUAGUAUUUAUAGUAGUAGGACAACGCCUCCGUUUACUGGGGAUUGGUUUAAGAUGUCCCGUCUGUCACAGUUUUACACCGUAGAGGUGGGGGACACGAAAUUCACCAUAUUGAAACGUUACCAGAAUUUGAAACCAAUUGGAUCCGGUGCUCAAGGCAUUGUUUGUUGAUUUGGAACCUUGUGUUUGAUUUUUGAUUUGCACGUGUGUGUGUAAUUGUAAUAUAAACCGAAAUGUCUAUAAGAGAGGGAUAUACUAAACACGUAUUUGGUGAUACUGAAUUCUGGGUACCUGAUCGUUAUGUAAAUCUAGCACCCAGAGACGGUGGCGCUCAAGGUUUGGUGUGUGCUGCUGUGGAUACAGUUACAAAUCAAAAUGUUGCCAUCAAAAAACUGAGUAGGCCAUUCCAGAAUGUAACACAUGCCAAAAGAGCUUAUAGGGAGUUUAAGUUAAUGAAAUUAGUUAAUCAUAAAAAUAUAAUUGGACUCUACAAUGCUUUCACUCCUCAAAGGUCACUUGAAGAAUUCCAAGAUGUUUACUUGGUCAUGGAACUGAUGGAUGCAAACUUGUGUCAAGUUAUACAAAUGGAUUUAGAUCACGAACGGAUGAGUUAUCUCCUUUAUCAAAUGCUAUGUGGAAUAAAACAUCUGCAUUCUGCUGGGAUUAUACAUAGGGAUUUAAAACCAAGCAAUAUUGUAGUUAAAUCAGAUUGUACAUUGAAGAUAUUAGACUUUGGACUUGCCAGAACUGCCGGUACUACGUUUAUGAUGACACCGUACGUUGUUACAAGAUACUACAGAGCUCCAGAAGUGAUCUUAGGUAUGGGGUACACUGACAAUGUGGACAUAUGGUCAGUGGGCUGUAUAAUGGGAGAAAUGAUCAGAGGAGGAGUUCUGUUUCCUGGAACAGAUCAUAUAGAUCAAUGGAAUAAAAUAAUUGAACAAUUGGGUACUCCGUCUCCACAAUUCAUGAUGAGACUGCAGCUAACCGUACGAAACUAUGUGGAAAACAGACCCCGCUACCCUGGUUUCUCCUUCGAUAAACUGUUUCCUGAUGUGUUAUUCCCAUCCGACAGCAAUGAACAUAACCGACUUAAGGCAAGCCAAGCCAGAGACUUACUUUCCAAGAUGUUGGUAAUCGACCCUGAAAAGAGAAUUUCUGUCGACGAUGCCCUUCUUCACCCUUAUAUAAAUGUAUGGUAUGAUGAACAAGAAGUUAAUGCACCUGCUCCUGGCCCAUACGAUCAUAGCGUCGACGAACGUGAACACACAGUUGAACAGUGGAAAGAGCUGAUAUAUCAAGAAGUAAUGGAGUAUGAAAAUUCGCAUGGUAGAGCUUCUAGUUCACAGCCUAGUCCUGCCACAAACUCAGAGCCAAAUGGUACUGCUGAAUCAAUGCGGUAGGAAAGGUUGGUUAUCAGUGACACAAGUAGCAAUUCCAACUAGUCAAAACAUAUUUAUAAUAACCCUCCAAAAUUAUUGAGGAUAUUUUAAUCACAGUAUGUGAAUCGUUUGUAUUUCUCCCAUUUUCAUUUUAGGAAACUGAUCUGUAAUCAGUAUGUGUGAUAUAGGUGGUACCUAAAUACUAGUUUGUAUUUUGAUUGUACCCAACCUAAAACGAUGGAAAUUCUGCUGAAAUCUAAAAAUUUGACACUUCCCGUGCUAGAAACCAAUCUGUUCAACGAGGAGAACGGAAUUUAUUUCAUUAAUAAGCAAUAAAUUGAGUGUGAACUCUGAAUAAAAGUCAUAGCCUUAUAUUGAAUAUAACCAAGUGUGUUUGUUCGAUUUUACUUGAUAAUUAUUUAAUAUUCCAAUGGAAAAUUUUCAAGUAACAGGUUAAGAAGUCCUUAAAAUAAUCGCAUUUCAUUAUCUUACCAAAUCAUAAUAUUCAUAAAAUCUUAUUGAAACAUUCCUGUUCUAUUCACAACAAGCAAAUAUCCAUCUGAAAGGUUUUCUCUACAACUUUUGCGAAAUUUGAAUAUUUUCUUGAAAUUCAAGAUUUCCAUGGAUGGCAACUUAUACCAUCCCAUUUUUCAAUUGGCAAUUACAGCAGUACUAGUAAAACAAAAUUCUAGCAUAUGAAACUGGAAAUUUUUGGAGACAAUCAUAUUUUUAUACCUAAAUAAUUUCAACAAAAAUACAAAUUAGUAAUUAUAAGUAUAAUGUAAUAUUACGUGUAAGUUUUAAACUGUUUUUAUAUUUAUUUGACAACGCAAUAUUUUUGAGUAUAUGUUCACUCACUUUUUUAUUGUUGAUUUGAAUAUUUUUAUUUAAAAUAUAUUUUUAAUGGUUAGAAAAAUUACACCUUAGUAUUUAGUGGUAUAAUCUGAAAUUGUAAGUAGGGAUAAAAGGUUUGGAAUUAACUACAUUUUGCAACUUAUAGCAUCAACUUGUACUGACUAUUAAUUGAUAAGUUUAUGUGAAGGUAUUGUAAAAAAUGAAAAAAAAUCGUCCGAUCCAAAUUAGAAUCUUCAGUAAAUAUUGUGAAAAUUAGAUACUAUCAGUUAUUUGAGUUUUUAUACGGUAUAAAACGAUUAUUUUUUUUUUUUUUUUACUUCCCUAAAAUAGAAAUAGACUCUGGGAUUUGGAGAGUUCGGCUCUGUAUUUCAUCUCGACAUAAUGUCAAAAAAAAACAGUUUUAUUGCUCAUUAUUUCCAAUAGGUGUGCCCAGAAUAGUUUGGAGAGUAUUCAGAAAAGAAAUUAUAAUUAAGACAUUGGAAGAGUACAAAGAAUUUUACUUCUUCAUAGUCGUACAUUUUUCCCCAGAGAAAAACCAACAAUUGAAAUUAUUUACGUUUUAAAUGAAGAUUUACAAGAGUUCCAGAUAUAGCCAAUAGCAUUACCGAUAUAAAAUUUUUUUCAAGGAAAAAUAUUACUGAUAGAAUAGUAAACAAAUACAACUCCGUUGUAAAUUUGUAGACAUUUAGAUAAGAAUUUGUCAAACUCUGGGUAUCUUACACUUUACAAAUAUCAUAUUAGUUAAUAAUACCUAUGUAAUGCUUGUAUUGUUCUGCUUUGUAAAUAAAGUCGAAUUCAAUUA